AUGAAAGACGUAUUACGUGAAGCUCCAGCAACUCCGGCAGCAUUUUUAGACAAAGCACGUCACGAAGAAAAUUUGGAUCGUCUCGUUACUACCGCUGCUCAACACACCAAUGAUAAUGAUACACAAGCCACAAAUUACUCAAACAACUCAGUAUAUAGAUCUCCACAAUCUGCUGGAGCCAUUCACUACCAAAAUUCCUCAAAUAUGUAUUCUAAAGGCUAUUAUGCAAACCUAUAUUCGCCGCGCCCAGUGUACAAUCGAUUUCAUGAUCCAUCGUCGUCACGUUCUCCACCUCAAGUUCCACAAUCUUCGUUCAAUGCAUUACGGUAUCAAUCACGUCCUUUACGAUGUUAUCUAUGUCAGAAGGUGGGUCAUUUUGCUCGUGAUUGUAGAUCUGCAAAAAACUAUUAA